AUGAAGAAAAAUAAACAUUUGGUUAGGCUUGUUAGGUAUUGUGAUGAAAAAGAUGAAAGGCUUUUGGUUUAUGAAUGCAUGAAAAAUGGUGUUGUUCAUGAUUAUUUACGUGAUAAGAACAAUGUUGUGAAAACUAGUAGUUUGAUCAAUUCUUGGAAAAUGAGGAUCAAAAUCGCUUUGGAUGCAGCUCGAGGGAUUGAAUAUCUUCACAACUAUGCAGUUCCACCUAUAAUCCAUAGAGAUAUAAAGUCAUCCAACAUCUUACUUGAUAUGAAUUGGACAGCAAGAGUUUCAGAUUCCAGACUUUCAUUCAUGGAUCCAGAAUCCGACCACAAUUACAAGCCGAUGAAGGCCGUGGGAACAGUCAGCUACAUAGACCCUGAGUACUAUGGCUUAAAUGUAUUAACAACAAAGAGUGAUGUUUAUGGACUUGGAGUUGUAAUGCUAGAACUACUUACAGGAAAGAGAGCUAUAUUCAAGAAUGAUGACAAUGGUGGUACCCCAAUAAGCUUAGUGAAUUAUGCAGUGCUUGCAAUUAUGGCAGAUGAAUUGGUUAAGGUCUUGGACCAAAGGGUUGGACCACCAGAGCUUAAUGAAACUAAAGCAGUGGAACUAAUUGCAUAUACUGCAAUGCAUUGUGUAAAUUGUGAAGGUAAAGAAAGACCUAUAAUUGGUGACAUUGUUUCUAAUUUGGAAAGGGCAUUCAAUGUUUGUGAUGGUAGCCAUGGCAAUAUCUCUAGUGGUGCAUUUUCAUUUGUUUCAGAUUGAAAAUUUUUCCUCCAUUUUUUGUUUUUCUAUCAAUGAUUUAUCUAGAUAUACAUCAUUUUGUAGUGUAAAGAUUUUUCAUUUUUUUA